GAAUUAAUGUUCCUUGGGAGAAGCUUUUAAAAAAAAACCUCACCCUGGAAUCUUAAACUUCAAACUUGGACUAUGCUAAACUAGAAAUACAAUCAAAAAUGAAUGUUGAAGAGUUGGAGGAAAUGGGCUUGCAGCCUCCUUUAAUCAUUAGGGAUGAAAAUGGCAAUAAAUGUGUGUGUCAUAAUGCUGCAUUACCCUCACUGAACGGAACCCCUGCUAGCCAGUACCAAGAAGCAGAACAUGAAGAUUACGUAGAACUGAAGGAUACAUAUGAUCUGAUAAAUAGAUCAAGCCACCCAUGCAUUGAAGCAGAAGACCUGCAGAAGGUUUCCAGUGACUACAUUUGCAUGGGGACCAUGGAUUUAGAGGCUGUGCGUAUCCCUGCUUCAAAGGAGCAAUAUUACAUGCAUGCCUUGAAACAAAAUGUCACGGAACCAACAAGCCUUCUCAAAGACAGUCUUGCAAUGAAGAGUAUCCAGAAUCUCGGUACUGAGGAAUCUGUGCCUUAUUGUCAGGCAGAACUAACACACUUUGCUGCUGUGGAGUUAAGUAAAAAUUCUGCAAUCCAAGAUGAAUUAGGUUGUUCUCAAAUAGGACAGGAAGAAGCUAGUUCAAGUGAAGCUUUCAUUACAGUUAUAAACCUGGAGAGUAAAUGUAAUGAAGAGGGAUCUGGCCAUCAAGUAUUUGUAUCUUCUGGGGAAAUGAAUGCAAGGGAUAGUUUGACAAACAGUGUCAGCUCCCGUAAGCUAGAUUUCCCUGGCAACCAUAAUAUGGUGAACAUGAACCUAGAUGAGGGAAUGCCACUUGCUAAUGCUCUUUCAGUAACUGGAGAUAACAUCACCAAUUAUAUUGAUUUGGUAUCGCAGAAUAGGGAAUGGCAUGAAAACCAAGAAAAGCAGGAUGCUGAAUGGGGAAAUCCUUGCUAUAGGGGCUCACCAGAAUUGGAACCAUUUAAGUGGUACAAAAGUGAGCCUUAUAUGCACAGCACACCUGAGGAGGAUGAAGAUAAUAAAUGGGCAGCCAAACGUGGAAAGGGUGGUGCUGUCAAUGCCUUAUGCCCUCUGGCAAUACAGAGUUUUGACGAGCAUUUGGAGAAGGAGCUUUGCAAAGAUGAGGAGACUCUGACCAAAGGACCAAACUUCUCAGAAAAUGAUCAGGUUUUUCUUGAGGGAUGUGCUCAAGAAUCUGAGACAAUACAAAAUGCUGUACCAAAGCUAGAAAGAGCUGCUCUGCCUGAACCCAAGUGCGAGGCAACCUUUGUAGUUUUUAGUCCCAUCACUUGCGAAAAUGGCUCUAUGUCCCCUUUUACAGACUCAUCCAAAAAUACAACCUGUGCUGUUUUUGCCCUGGCAGAUGAAGUUGGUGGUAUUUCUAAAGCUGGGAAGAAUAACAACACAGUGAAAGAGUGUGCCAGGAGGACUUUGCUCAGAAGUAAUUCUGAACGAGCCACGGUUAAACCAGUCAUCAGAUCUCCACUUGCUGCUACCAUAACCAAAGCAAGAAAAUCAGAGAUAGUGAGCUUUCCGAAGCCAAACUUUAAAAACGUUAAGCCAAAAGUUGUGUCCAGGCCCAUACCCCAGUCGAAAGAGAGUGCUGCCUUAAAAGCAGCUCAAAGAUCUCCUCAGCUAUCUACCACUUCGUCAUCUUCCCCAUCUUCUUCCCCGAGGCAAACAUCCUCUUCAAUUGCUGCACUAAGGAAAAAAAUGGACUUGGAUAGAGGUACAAAAGCAGAAACACCAAUGAAUAAGACCUAUAAGCAACAUUUUAAUAAACACCUUCCUAGCCAAGCUGUACAUGCUGCAACUCAUUCUGAAAAUACUUCCCACAAGGUUACAAAAACAACAACUGUGUUAAGACAGAAUGUGGAACAGGUUGACAAAGCGAGGUGCCUCAAUUCAACAUUCCUCUCUGUUUCUGGGGCUGUUGCAUGCACAGACAACACAGGUGGGACACUGAAUGACAAAAUGGAAAUUGUAGAGUCCUGUGUACAGCCUUGCACUUUGAACAUCUGUUCAGUACCUCAAGAGGAGCAGCAGAAUGAAUGCCUGGGUGUUCCAACAGAAAAGUCUGCUGAAGAUGCAGUGAAUGAAGGUGUUGGACUUGCCCGUCUUCCUUCGGUUUCCUCACCUAAAGGAGAGAGAACACAACUGCAAAGUUUAUCCAAGGACACCCCAGUCACCCUAAAAAGUAUCCCAGAUUCCAGGAGGACAUUCUGCUCUAAGAGAGGAAGUGACGGUAAAAAUAUCCAUGCAACCAAAGUAUCUUCUCCUCAAAGAGCAGUUCUGCCUUUGAAUUCAGGAGCGGAAUUUUUUUCUCCUAAAGGGAGGCUCGCAUCUGCAAGAACAUUGCCUGGAACUUUGACCAGUUCUGGAAAGUCAAUUCCUAAAUCAAAAGUGCCCAUCAAAGGACCAGGAUUUCGGAGAACCCCUAGCAUCUCUUCAGUCAGCAGCACACAGAGUGACCAAAGUACUUGCAGCAAUAAAUCUACAAGUGCCACAAUUAUCAUCAAGAAUGGAGAGUGGCCUUCCAAGUCCGCUUGUCAAAAUGGUUCGGCUAUAAAGCCAGUGCCCAGGCCAAGAGUGUAUUCCCUGAAAAACACCCCCAAAGGAACAAAAAGAAAGUUUGGUGUGGUGAGCCCCUGUGUGCCAAAAUCAGCUGGAGCACUUCUUCCAGGAAGGAAAACCAGUGAUUCAAAAGGCAGUCAGCAAUCAGGGCCUUCGGGACAAAAUGGGCCUCGAAGCUUAUUCUCAGCGUUCACUUCUGUUGACAAGGGAAAGCAGAGGAGUCCUAAGAACUCAUGCAUACAAACCCGCGGAUCUACUGAAGUGCAUUCUACAGAAACAAAAACACACGAGUUGACGCAAUACAAAAGAAAAUGUGAACACCAAAGUGGAAUUAUCCAACAACUGAAGAAAUGCUUGGCAAGCAGUAACAGGAAAUUUGAAGCAUUAACUCUAGUAAUCCAACACUUACAGUCUGAGAGAGAGGAAACACUAAAGCAACACAAAGAGCUGUCUCUAGAACUUAUCCACCUUCGUGGAGAGUUAGGAACUGCUACAACAGCAUGUGAGAAAUUGGAGAAAGACCGGAAUGAACUUCAAGCAGCUUAUGAAGGAUUUGUGCAGAAGCUGAACCAGCAGCACCAAAGUGAUCUAGCUGAGCUGGAGGACAGGCUAAAGCAGUUCUACACAGCAGAGUGCGAAAAACUACAGACUAUCUGUAUUGAAGAAGCUGAAAAAUAUAAAGCACAGCUCCAAGAGCAGGUUGACGACUUGACUGUUACACAUGAAAACUUUAAAAUAGAACUUGAAGCCAGUCAUACAGAGAAGAUCGAAGAACUGAAGCGAGAAUACGGAUCAUCCUUUUCAGAGCUCAAGGAUGCCCAUGAAUCGGAGAGAAAGACACUUCAAGAAUCGUUCCAAGAGAAACACGAAGAACUAGAGAAAAAAAUUGCCGAGUUACAGAGUGAAAAUGAUUCCCUGAAUGAAAAGCUGAAGUUGGAAGAGCAAAAACGAAUAGCCAAAGAAAAAGCAAAUCUUAAAAACCCUCAGAUCAUGUAUUUGGAACAAGAGCUGGAAAGUUUAAAAGCAGUGCUGGAGAUCAAGAAUGAGAAACUGCAUCAACAAGAUAAGAAGUUGUUGAACAUGGAAAAAAUUGUGGAAAACAACACAGCCUUAGUGGAGAAAUGGAGGAAACCUCAGCAGGAGAACGAAGAGCUAAAAGCUCGAAAGAGCAAACACAUGGAGCUUUCGAGACAACUUUCCACUGAGCAGGCAGUUUUGCAAGAGUCCCUGGAGAAAGAAUCCAAAGUAAACAAACGCCUGUCAAUGGAAAAUGAAGAACUUCUGUGGAAGUUACACAAUGGUGACCUGUGCAGCCGGAGAACACAGUCCCCCACCACUCCAACAAUGCCUUUCCAGUCUCCAAGGAAUUCUGGCUCCUUCUCCAGCCCACCGGUGUCACCUAGAUGACACCCCUGCGUGCGGAGCUCCUCUUUUCGUGCAGGCAUUUCCUCCACAAUCUGCUGAACUUGAAAGUGAAUUGAGGGAGCAAAGAGUUACAUGGGCUGUGAUAGAAAUGUAACUGGAAACUGCUGUCGCGAGGAACAAGUAUAAAACAUAGCGGAGCGCUCUGGAGUAGGACUCACCAAUGCUCCUCCUUGUUUUUGUUUUUUGUUUUUUUUUUUAAAAAAGACUUCAGUAAUAACUUUUGGACAUUGUUGCACAAAGCACUUAAAAGAGCAAGAAAAUGUCUUGUUCGUUUUUGCCUUUUGCCUAACCAUGGGGAGGGGGGAAAUGCUCAGGGACUGCGUUCCUCACCGUAGGCACCUUUCUGAGACUCUGGGUGUGGUGUGAAAGGAUUGGAUGUAGCGCAUGAAGUGUGUCUGAUGUGGCCGCCUUUACUGUGUACAUUGUAAAGGAAGGAAAGCUGAAGAAUAUAGUGACGUGUAUAUCAUGAAUAAAACAUUGUCAGUAUGCAUGUGGGUUUAUUUUUUAUAAUCAAAGGUUUCUCACUUCUCUGGGGCUGCGAAAAAGCUGCCACUUGUGGUCUUGUGUCUUUCCCUAAUCUCUCCACUUCAGUUCCGUAAGAGGAUGAAAGGAAACGGCUGUUUGAUUUUUGUCUGUGUCUGCCUGUUUCGGUCGAAUCUAUAGACUGAUAAUCUCUUAAACCGUAAUUUAAUGUUCAGUUGGGUUUGGGUUGUUUUUUUUGCUUUCCUACUUUACACCACAACCCUAUUGGAAUUAGAUUUCCCCCCUAGCUAAUGUCCCCCUCCUCUUUUUUUAAAUGCCACACAUCAGACUUGCAUCUCCUUUUGUCCAGGUGUGAUAGCAAAAUUGCCAGAUUUCAAACACUCGGACGCUAUUCUUUCUGCAAUAAGCAAGAGAAUGAGAUUGGGUCUGCCUGCCGGUGCUUGUUUUUCCUUGCAUCGUGAAGAGCAAAAAUCCUGGAUCGACGACGUCCCAUUUUGCACUUUUUUGCACUUUUGCAAUUAAUGGCUAAAAGGAGAAAUCCAUGCCCAGGUAAUCUGCAACAGAUUUACCUGCCCUUUCUAAUAGAUUUCAGGACUCGUCAUCUUCCGUUUCAUUUAUGAAGAAGCUUUUCUCUGCUCUCCACCCCCAACCAUUACAAAGACAGAAUUGGAUUGUAGUGCUGAGGUUGUAUGUGGAAGAUGUUCAUGUAACAUUUGAUACUAUAUUAGAUUUAAAGAUGACAUAGUGCAUGUCUGCUCUUGUUGAUGAUCUGGUCAAAAUUUAUUUUUAUGAUUUCAUAGGUCUUUUAAGUACAAACAUAUUUUUAUUAUGAAACGGGAUUGUCUGAUGCUGCAGCUUGGUGUACAGGCAUCGCCACAACAUCCAAGAAUGCAUCGAUAAUUCCUCUACUGUGGAACAGUCCACUCAUUAGCAAACAGCUAUAUCCCACUCUUACUUUGCAGUGGAAGUCUUGAGAACCGACGGAGUUUCUUUGUCCCUUCCCAUAAACCUUCAGUAAACUCAAACAGUAAAAUAUUAAAACCAAAUGUUUUGGUCUAGGAUGCAAAAAUGUUCGCUCUUAAAGAGGAAGAUUUCAGUUACCCUUAUUCUGUAAUUAUGGGAGUAUUAUCUACUUUGUAAUAUGAAAAAUUUCAAGGAUGAAAUAUUUAAUUUUUACAUGCUGUAUAAAGUGUGCCUGCCCUGUGCAACAUUUUACUUGCCCUUACCCCAUUUAUGGCACUGUACUCGCCACUGUAGCUAGAGAUGUCAGCACUUCUAAAUAAACUCUUGUCCAGUAAUUGAGUAGAACCAUGGAAAUUCCGCUUUAGGCUGAAACUUGGCUUAGAAGUAUGUCUGCGAGCAAUUUUAUUUCUUUGGCAAGAACAAAUUU